AAAAUAGAUUUUUGUGUAGCGUGGAACAAGUGAAGGUUCCCAGUUCCAACGAGGAAGCGGCCACCACUCUGCGAUCCACUACCACCAUAUAACGCACGUCGCGACGGCGGACUUCAGUGCUGCUAUCAGCGCGGCGCAGGUCGCGUAGCUGCGGGAGUCGCUCUUCCCGCGGGAGCGGGAGCUGAAGUAAGCAAGCGGAUAGGAUCGACAAGGAGGCAAGGAGCAACGCCGCCUUCUCAGUUUCUCACUCGCGUCCCUCUCCUGUUCCUCAGCUUCGUCCAGAACUUGCCUUCCUCCGCCGCCCUUUAUUCCAGGCUUCCUGAGAAGAAGAGCUUUUCAAUUGAUUAUUUCAGGUGAAUUCUCGCCAAAUCCCGUUCAUCUGGUCACUAUCUGCUUGCGUCGUGUCUAGGGAGGAUGGCUAAGUUUGCAGACGUCCUCUGUGCAGUUACACUACUUGUGUUGCUCCCCUGCUCGGAUGUUGCAUUGGGGCAGACUACUGACCCUUCCGAGGUCAAUGGGCUCAGGGCUAUCAAGGGACGAUUAGUUGAUCCUAUGCAAAACCUUAUGAAUUGGAAUAGGGGAGAUCCGUGCAGGUCAAAUUGGACAGGAGUCUUCUGCCACAAAGUGAAUGAUGAUACAUUUCUUCAUGUGACAGAAUUGCAGUUAUUUAAGAGGAAUCUCUCAGGAACUCUGGCACCAGAGGUCAGUCUUUUAUCUCAUCUGAAAACACUGGAUUUUAUGUGGAACAACUUAACUGGUAGCAUCCCAAAGGAAAUAGGCAACAUCACUACGCUCAAACUUAUACUUUUGAAUGGCAAUCAACUCUCUGGUAUUUUACCUUAUGAGAUCGGUAACCUUCAAAGUUUAAACAGAUUACAGGUUGACCAAAACCAAUUGUCCGGCCCCAUACCUAAAUCAUUUUCCAAUUUAAGAAGUGUGAAACAUCUUCAUAUGAACAAUAAUUCGUUAAGUGGGGCCAUCCCGUCUGAACUUUCCACAUUGCCUCUUCUUCUUCACCUGCUUGUUGACAAUAACAACCUAUCUGGACCUCUCCCUCCAGAAUUUGCUGAAGCGCCUGCCAUGAAAAUAUUUCAGGCUGAUAACAAUAACUUCAGUGGAAGUUCCAUCCCUACUACAUAUAACAACAUAUCCACACUACUAAAGCUGAGUCUUAGAAAUUGCAGCUUGCAAGGAGAUAUUCCAGAUUUGAGUAGCAUACCUCAACUUGGCUAUUUGGAUAUUAGCUGGAACCAGUUGACAGGAUCUAUACCAACUAAUAAGCUCGCUUCCAAUAUCACUACAAUUGAUUUGUCGCACAACAUGCUCAAUGGAACUAUCCCACAGAACUUCUCAGGGCUCCCCAAGCUUCAGAUAUUGUCACUUGAGGAUAAUUAUCUAAAUGGUUCUGUUCCCUCGACAAUCUGGAAUGGCAUCGAGCUUACUGGAAAUAGAAGCCUUAUUCUAGACUUCCAAAACAAUUCUCUCAAGACAAUUCCGGACACAUUUGAUCCUCCCCCAAAUACCACUGUAAUGCUAUAUGGAAACCCUGUGUGUGGGGGUACGAAUGGAUCUCUGAUAACCAACCUGUGCCAACCCAUGUCAGUAAACAUGCAAACGUCGCAAAAUGAACAUGGCUCUAGUUGUCAACCUUGUCCUGUGGAUAAAAAUUAUGAGUACAAUCCAUCAUCACCACUAACUUGCUUUUGUGCGGUGCCACUUGGAGUCGGACUUCGUCUGAAGAGUCCAGGAAUCACAGAUUUUCGUCCCUAUGAAGAUGACUUUGAGAUCAACUUAACCUCUUUAUUGCAACUGUUUCGGUAUCAGUUAAGUAUUGAACGCUACAUAUGGGAGGUUGGUCCAAGGCUAAAUAUGCACAUGAAGUUAUUUCCAAGUAAUUCAAGUCUAUUCAAUAUAUCUGAGAUUGUGCGACUCAGACAUGUACUUGCUGGCUGGGAAAUUACCCUUUCAGAUGUAUUUGGUCCAUAUGAGCUUCUCAACUUCACACUAGGUUCUUAUGCAGAUGAAUUUCCAAAUGCAGUGUCAACAGGUUUAAGUAAGGCUGCACUGGGCAGUAUCUUUGCUAGCACAAUUGCUGGCGCUAUUUUACUUUCUGUGGUAGCUACCACCCUUAUAGUGAGAAGGCGUUCAAGACACAGAACUGUCUCAAAACGUUCAUUGUCAAGGUUUUCUGUCAAAGUUGAUGGCGUUAGAUGUUUCACAUUUGAAGAAAUGGCUAUAGCAACAAAUAAUUUUGAUCUAUCAGCCCAAGUUGGCCAAGGAGGUUACGGCAAAGUCUACAAGGGAAUUCUAGGCGAUGGAGCACUUGUAGCAAUCAAACGAGCACACGAGGAUUCCCUUCAAGGUUCAAGGGAGUUCUGCACGGAGAUAGAGCUACUAUCAAGAUUGCAUCAUCGCAAUUUGGUUUCAUUGGUUGGCUAUUGCGAUGAAGAGGAUGAGCAGAUGCUGGUUUAUGAAUUCAUGUCAAAUGGCACUUUACGUGAUCAUCUUUCUGCCAAGUCCAAGAGACCUCUAAGUUUUGGUUUGAGGUUGAAAAUCGCAUUGGGUGCUGCAAAGGGAAUUUUGUAUCUACAUACUGAAGCAGAUCCACCUAUAUUCCACCGUGAUGUUAAGGCCAGCAACAUUCUGUUGGACUCCAAAUUCGUUGCAAAGGUAGCCGAUUUUGGUCUCUCGAGGCUUGCUCCAGUGCCAGAUGUCGAAGGGACAUUGCCAGCUCACGUAUCCACUGUUGUCAAGGGCACCCCAGGCUAUCUUGAUCCGGAAUACUUCCUAACUCACAAACUGACCGACAAGAGUGAUGUUUACAGCCUGGGUGUCGUGUUCCUUGAAAUGUUAACUGGUAUGAAACCAAUUGAGCAUGGUAAAAACAUAGUGAGAGAGGUAAACUCAGCUUGCCAGUCGGGCGCAGUUUCUGGAAUAAUCGAUGGCCGGAUGGGCUUAUACCCCCCAGAAUGCAUCAAGAGGUUCUUAUCACUAGCAACCAAGUGUUGCCAGGAUGAAACUGAUGACAGGCCUUCCAUGUGGGAGAUUGUCAGAGAACUUGAGCUCAUCUUGAGGAUGAUGCCUGAAGAGGACCUGAUUCUGCUGGAAACCUCAGAAACAGACUCGACCGAUGUCAGUAAGUCGUUGUCAUCUUCAGCGACCAGGACCCUCUUCGUCUCGUCACAGGCCUCUGGGAGUCUUGAUGCGAGCAGCGGCAUGAUCUCUGGAAGAGUAACUCCCCGGUAGGCAUGGUGUAAUACUUGUGAAUAUGCAAGUUUGUUCUGUAACAUUAUAGGCUUACCACUCCUAGGACCUGUCUUUUAUGAAUUAUUCAUAUUCAGCCGAACGUACAGUAGAUAAUAGCUUAUGAUACACUGGAACAUAGCUGGCAUUGCAUUCUUUACCUUUCUAAUAUGUUAAUCUGCUUUCUGUAA